AUGGGUUCUUUGGAUGAGGAGGUCAUCCAUUACAAUGAUUGGCCAAAUGCUCAGGGUUUCGACGUCCGAUAUGAGGAACGAUCUCCUGUCGAGUUGUCAGUCAGUGGCAAUAUACCGGCAUAUGCUACUGGCACGCUUUUCCGCACAGGCCUUGGCCCUCGGAAACUCCAAACAGAUGCUGGGACCACGUUUCGAGUCAACCACUGGUUUGAUGGCUUUGCGCAAGUUCACCGAUUCCAGAUCCAUGCCCCAGCUCCCGGCGAACCUUCUGUUCGAGUGACAUACAAUUCGAGAUCUUCUUGUGAUGCGGUGCUAGAACGGAUUAAACGAGCAGGUAAAGACGAAGGUUUCACCUUUGGUGCCAAAUAUGACCUGUGCACAUCCUACUUCCAGAAGCUGCAAAGCUUCUUCAGGCCGGCACCUAAGCCUAGGGGAGCAGACUCGCUUAACAUGUCCGUCACCCUGUCAGCGAAUUUCCCUGGCUUGAAUACAAAUGGUGAUCGUCUGAAUGAAGCCCCUGAGAGGGACAAAAUCGUCAGCUUGUGCAACAAGACCGACAUUUCCUCCUUUCAAAUGCUAGAUCCGCAGACGCUGGAACCCAUCGGACUAGCCCAGCAAAAAUCGCUUCACCCGUCGUUGAAAGGCCCAUCGAGCGCAACUCACGCCAAAAGCGACCCCGUCACAGGCGAUGUAUACAAUUAUAAUCUAGAAUAUGGACGUACAGGCAAAUACCGUGUCUUCACCGUCUCUGCGUCAACAGGCCAAACCUCCAUCCUUGCCACUUUCUCGGCCGAUGCAUCAUACCUCCAUUCUCUCUUUUUGACUGAGCACUACGUCAUCAUAUGUGUCUGGAAUGCCUUCUUCUCGCUAGGCGGUGCUCCAAUAUUCUACCACAUGAACAUCGUUGAUGCCCUCGCUGAAUAUGACGGUACGCGCCCUGCAACGUGGUAUGUUGUUGACCGCCAGCCUGUAGAAGCAGGAGGCAAAGGUCUGAUAGCAACAUACGAUUCAGACCCUUUCUUCGCGUUCCACACGAUUAAUGCUUAUGAGGAGGCGGGAAGUCAGGCCAACCAGGUAGACAUCAUCGCUGACAUCAUCUGCUAUGAUAAUCACGAUUGCAUCAAACGUUUCUAUCUCGACAACAUAGUAUCCGACUCACCUACCGCAAAGGGCUUCAGCGAUGGUGCAUUUGCGCGUUGUGGCGCUUCGAUACGGCGAUUUCGACUCCCAGACGUUCCUUCCAAGCCCAUUGAUCAACGUUUCAAGGCUGACACGGUAUUUGUAAAAGCACGGGAUUUCUACGUCGAACUCCCGGCCAUUAAUCCCAGAAGACUAAUGCGAAAAUAUCGCUACAUAUACGGCAUGAUCGAUACUGGCAAAUCCACCUUCUUCGACGGCCUGGUCAAAUAUGACAUCGAAACACACAAGGACAUUCGAUGGAGCUACCAUGGUCAGACGGCCGGAGAGCCAAUAUUUGUGGCUGAUCCCGAGUCGGAGGACGAAGAUGGUGGUGUACUGCUGAGUGUGGUUCUGGACGGAGUAGAAGGGAAGAGUUACCUGCUGGUGUUGGAUGCUAAGACCAUGAAAGAGGUAGGCAGGGCAAGCGUUGAUGGAGUUGUGGGGUUUGGCUUUCAUGGAACACAUGUCCCAGCCGGUAGGGAUGAGGUGGCCUUGCAAAUUUAA